GCCCCCCAAUACCCCAUGUAGAGAGAGAGAGAGAGAGAGAGAGAGAGAGAGAGAGAGAUGCAGGUAUUAAUUGGAGGUGCUUGCUGUUGGGACGCCAAAAGAACAGAAGGGGAUGUGUUGUUGUGCGGAUGGGUUUCUUUCUUCCAAACGGAGACGCAGGUGUAGCCCUCUUUAUCCUCCCUACAGCCUACUACUUCAGAUCCCAAAUUUCCCAUGCGCCGCACCUCUCCUUUCAGGUCACCAGAAGAGGAUUUUACGCGCCGGAGCGGGCAGAAUAACAGCAUGUUAAACGCAAUGUGGUGCGUCUCUUUUGUGCGCCGUCUGUUACCGCCGUUGUGAAUGUGUGAUGCCGGGUCUGCACCCAGCACAGAUGACUUGAACCGGGCGGCAGAGGCGGUUGCAAGUACAGCACUUGUUCCAUAAAGAGAAGACUUAUAGAUAACCAUGGCUGACCAGUACAGUAUGUUUCUCACCACGGCGCCCCCCCUCCGGCGUGGAAGCACACCUCUGCCUGUCAAACACCAGCUGCGGAGGGAAGAGGCUGUAUCCGAGGACUGCGAUUGGAUCCCGGGCUUGGAGGAACCUGCCACGUUGCCUAUCAGUGACACAGCGGCGCCUCGAGAUGAGUCCUUCAGCCAAUCAGCAGCUGCCCAGUCGGCUUACCACAGCCAUGGCGGGGCAUUGAGGAUAGUGCUAAUGGGACAGAAUGGCGUGGGCAAGUCGGCGCUAACCUUAUCUCUGGCCGGGCAGUCGGACAGAUCCCUCUCUAUAGACUCUGAGACACAAGCAUGUGGUGAGGGCUACGAGUGCACAGUGACAGUCGACGACGAGGACAGCAAAGUCGUCAUUUUCGACAACUGGAAACAGGACCUGUCCACUCUGCAGUGUGAUGUGUGUAUCCUGGUCUUCUCAGUGACUGACAGGCGAAGUUUCCAUCGCACCGCUCAGCUCCGCCUCCUCCUCAGGGAGUCCCAGCCACACACACCAAUCAUCCUGGUGGGCAACAAGAGCGACCUUGUCCGCUCCCGUGAAAUCAGCUCAGAGGAGGCCCAAUCCAGCGCCAUGAUGUUCGACUGCCUCUACAUGGAGCUCUCAGCCUCCCUGGACCACGGCACCAACGAGCUGUUGGAGGCUGCAGUUCGGACUGCAAGGGGUGACUGCGCGGGCCCCGGCUGGACCGACGGCGAUCCCGGGGCGGGCCGCAGAGAGAGCCUGACCAGCCGGGCCAAGCGCUUCCUGGCGGGGCUGGUACCACGCUCGUACGGUCGAGACCGGGACCGGGAUCGGGGCCGCUACCGGGAGAUGAGCCGCCACCGGGGCAGCAAGAUCCUCCGCCAGAAGUCCCGCUCCUGCCACGACCUCAGUGCACUGUGACACACACGCAUGCAUACACACAGGCAAAGAGACACACUCCCACACAUGUACACACACACCAGACUGAACGAUAUGGGGGAGAGGGAGGUGUAAAAGAUGGAGGUGUAAGGAGGAGCAGAUGAUUAAAUGUUGUGACAAGAAGGAGACUCACAUGAGUUGGAAAUUUGGAGGGGUGGAAGGAGAGAAAUUUAGCAAUGGCGGAUAAAGGUUGAGGGAGGACAAAAGGGAGAGAAAGUUGGAGAAAAAGUUGAAUAGAUCAGUGAAACCAGUUCUGAGAGAGAAAGAGGCCAGGUUGGAGACAAAAACAGACAAACAGAUAAGGUGAGCAGCUUGCGUGAAUCAGCGAGCACUCAUUAGCCUACCUGAUGAGAGCAGGAGAGAGAGUCACAACGAGAUGCUGAUUGGACCCUUACUGUGGCGAAACGGGGGGGGGGGGGGGUCACAAAUAAACACACACCCAAGUAGCACGCACUGAUUAUGUAGAGACUGAUAGCAAUCUAAUGUAUACGUAUUGUAAACCCUGUUUUAAAGCAUGCCGAGUAGACAUGAGUAGUCUAAGACAUGACCCUGUAGGUUUUACAGUUACAUGAUACUGGAUUGACUGUACCUCAGUGGCUGAUAGCUAAUGCACAAUCUAGCUAGUGUCUCUAGCAAUGCCAUCUCAAAGGCAAGACCCUUUAUUUGUAAAAAAACAAACAAAAAAAAAAAACAAAAUUAAAUAAAAUAAGCUCCUUCUCUGCGCAUUUUUUAAAGCCACAAUCUUAACACUGCAUCCACCGUUUGUGUACCGUACUGAUUUGAAGAAGUGUUUGAUGAUACCACCAGUGGCAUACAUCCAUCUGUGAUUUUUAUACAAGGACAAAAACAUCAGCGUCCAAGCCAUAUUUUCGCUGACUGCGUCAUGAGCGAUCAGCACAAAGAACCCUUUACCGUAGGAUGUGGCGCGAAAGAAAAAAGGUCGAUAGCAGGGAUGACCAGACUUGAACUUCUCUUCAAUAGAACCUGAGUCACAGAACACUGGGAUGUUCUUGAAGCACAGGAGGACAAACAACAGAAAACCUAAUCUACCUGUGGCUGUUUGAUGUUUUCAUUUUUAUCUUUGUACCCACUGGCAUUAUUAUGUGUGUUGAGACUGAAUUCUGUGGGGGCUGGCCACACAGGUGACCCAAAAGAGAACGUUCUGGAAACGUUCGGAUAUUUCGUCAAGUGUGGCGGCGUCACUGACACAUGCUCACUUGUUUGUCACCGUCUACCAAGCACUCUCGUCUCUCCACUGAGAAUAAAUACAGUUUUGUUUGACAUCCUGAA